AUGCGUGUGUACGGACGGACGGCAGAUGUAGUAGAGUUGAUGAAUGGUUGGAUGGAUGGGAAUCAAGAGAAGAUGGAGGGGGAGUUGCACGGCAGAUAUACAAACGGACGGAAGGAGGGAAGGGCGGGAGAGAGAUUAGAGAUCAGAGACAACGAGACAGAGCUUCACUCACACACACACAUACGCGCACUAUCUUACCACACGAGCAUUCACACACACACACGUACACCUCCAUGCACACAGGGCGUAGAUACACACCCUCUCUUGUCUGACGACCCCCGGAACUGGAACUGGAACACUGGGAACUGGAACGGGGACUUGGCCAGGGUGGGCCAGCGAAUACGUUUGAACAGGUUUGGAUUGGAGAGAGGGUAG